ACCAGGCAUUCUCUGACCAGGCUCUGGACACAACAUUAAUCAAGCAAUCUUCAUUAUCGUUAUCAACAAGUGCUUUUCGAAAGAAAAUGCCGUGUUGUGCAGCCUAUGGUUGCUCUGUACAGCCCGGACGUGGUAAACGUCUGCAUUAUUUCCCUCGGGAACCUACUAGGAGGAAAUUGUGGGAGCAGAGGGUCAGAAGGAAGAACUGGAAGGCGAAUAAUUUUUCCUUGUUGUGUGAGGACCACUUUGACGAGACACAGUAUGAGAGUCACAGGGCUGACGGUCUCAGGAAGCUCAAGCCAAAUGCUAUUCCAACUCAGUUUGUCUUCACAAAACCAAAGACCUCUCGUUCCAGAAGACCUCCAAACAGACACAUUACCAAUUCAGUUGCCCUGAAAGAUGUGAUGGUGUCUGAUGGUGCAACAAAGAAAGUUAGUCAGGAUCACUCAUAUUGUAGUACCUCCCUUGAUACAGCUCAGCCUGAGAUACACAGAAGCGAGCCCAGUGCUGAUGAUGGCACGGAACAGGGUAUUCCAGAUUGCAAUCCUAACAGUAUAAACGUGGACCUGCCAAGCAACAACCCCACACAAUGGGUGUGUUUGCCUCAUGCAUCGUGUCCUGUUAUGAGCUGUGAAGAAAAGCUGAAAGCCUUGGCGAACAAGGUAUUAAGACUACAGCAGACCCUCGCCAAGGAAAGGCGAGAGAAGUGGAAGAUUCUCAAACAGAGAAAACAGCUGGAGGAAAAAGUUUCAAGAGUUUUCAACAAAGAUCAGCUCGCCAAGCUCUGUCAGUCAAGUACACGAGGGACAAAAUGGUCAGAUGACACAAUCAAAAAGGGCCUUCAGUUACAGUUGGUGUGUGGAGUGGCUGGAUAUGAGCUGCUGCUUGCCCAAAAACAACCUCUACCAUCAGUUAGAUCACUGAGAAGAGUGCUGGUACUGGAGAAAAAAAGUCCUUCACUUUGAUGUGGCUGCUUGUCCCAGGGGAUUUCAUUGUAUAGCUCUUUGACACUGAGAAACAAAAUGUCACUUAUUGUUUAGUUGGACUCUUUUGUGUAUGGCUCUGGUUUACAUCAAACACACUGGUGAACUUCAUUGUGACAACACAACAAACAGUCUUGGAUACUUCGUUGAGGUUUGCGACUGAUUUGAACUUUUCAACAAAGUUAACACUAAACUGUAGCAUUUCACCUCCCACCCUCUUUCAACAGUGUAAACUACCUCCUGAAAGAAAACAGAUGAAUAUACUGUAUGUUUUUUUUUUUUUUUACUGGGGCCUUGAUCUAUCUUAAUUUCUAGACUUGGAUACAUUUUCUUUAACCAGUUUUCUGUUUUUCAAAUGGAUGUUGUGGCUUCAAUGUUUCACUGAUUCACCCCAAGAACAUUCCACUGAACCAUUCGCCCAGAUCUUCCAUGUCAGACAAGCUCUGCUGGCCUGUCUUGUUCAGUGCUGCUCUACCCAUCUUUCCAUGACAGCCAUUGGCAUUCAAUGUCUGUCAUGGAUUCAAGGCCUAUUUGUCUUCAAAUAAAACUCAGGGAUGAUAUUGCAAUACAUUACAUUAUCAGUCAUGGAAAUUCUAGGCUUUUCUAUGUGGUGUCGUGUGUACAUAAUCUACUCACACAUCAGGGUCCAUCAGCAUCUACAUCACUACUCAUUACUCAUUCUGCAUACUGUUUUAGCCAAAGAAACUUGACACUCGAGCAAUGACACUCUUUAGGCCCUCAGGAUAGUAGAAGACCUUGGAGUAAGCACCAAGUACUAAAUCUGUUUAAAAUGAUGAAGUACAAGAACAGGUAAAGAACAAUGCAGUGGGUUUGUUAGGGGAGGUUGUUGGAGGAUUUGGGGCAGGACUUGUCACACAAGAGUUUCAGAGAUUCUUGAAGAUAGAGAUGUUCUGAGAGCAUUGGGAAGCUUGUUUCACCACUAGGGAACCCCACAUGAAAAAAGAUUGGAGACCUAGGGGACCUCAUGUGCAGGGUAGGCAGACGGCGUUCCUUUGAGGAAGUGGCCCAGAAAGUGCAUAAAGUCUGUUUAAUUCUGUUCAAGAAGAUGGGUGCAGAUCCAGAAGACACCUUGUAGACAGCAGUCAGUGACUUGAAUUUGACUGUCUAUAAUUUGGCUCCAUAAGGGUUCAGUUAGCUGACUCAAGUACAUUUCAAUGAGACAUCAGAACAGAAAAGUCCUGGUCCCUUUUAUCCUGAUGUAUGUAACGAUUGCAUAAAUGUUUCUAAUGGUGUUCAGUGCAUCUGCACAUAGUAGGCAAGUAGUUGGCCUACAAAGAAAUUCUGUGUUCUAAGUCUGGAUGAUGCCACCAAAAAAGGACACACAGACAGUAUUUUAUUUUUAAAAGAAUGGUCAUUGCUUUUAUUUCAUUUUCCAAACGUAAAUGAUGGUAUACUGAAGCAGUUGAUCCUACACCAGAAAGGGUUGGGACAAUGCCUGUAGCUUGACAACAGUUUCUUUUUUUAGAAAACCCCAGGGCAAAAAAUAGGCAAAACCCCAUAAGUCACAUGAAGAACAACAGAACACAGAAGUCAGAAUAAGAAAAAGGGUAAACCAUGUCUCACCAAUAGCUACAUACAUGCUCCGGAGCUGUACAACAGUUGAUUAUGUACAUGUUUUCUUUUUUCGCAAGACAUCUGAAACAAGUAUUGUGUUGUGUUGUAAUUCAUAUACCUGUACAGUUCCGUGCAGUAGUACUAACAGCAGUGAUACAAUAUUAAUUAAAACCACUCCCGAAUCAACAGGAGU